CACCAAAACCUCCUCCAUUCUCUACUUCUCAAUUAGAAAAAACAAUAUUUUGCUUAAUUCCAUCUCUUCUCUAAAGCCAAAGCUUCCAUUUUCUAAUCCUUCUUUUCACCUCCCCUCCAUCCCCAAAUAUAUAAGUUUUCCUGUCUUAUAAUCUCAAGUUUCAUAUAACCGACCUCAAUUAGUUUCAAACUGGGACGUAGUUGUUAUUGCUGCAUGGUCGGAAGGUUGAUCGCGUGAGAUAGUUUUAUAUUGCUUGAAUCAGAAAGAUGGUUCGAGCAGCACUUGAGGAAGCGAAAGAAAUGUGCAAGGCUAAAUUACUGCAUUUCAAAGGAAAGUCAGAGGAUGGAACAGGACAGGAAACGCGAAGUAUGAUUCUUGAGAUUAAUAAUAGUGAUUCAUCAAUAUUGACUUCAGGGGAUGAAAGGGUAACGUCGAAAAGUGAAGCUUCAAUGCCUUUACAUGAUCAACCUGUUGAAUUUCAAAGGAUUGGGUGUGUCCUUAGUCGUACUGAGUCUAUCAAAUCACGUUUGGCUAAUGAUCCUGGUGUCCCUAGCCCUCGCCCUAGACAGACCCAGCCUUCAGAUAUGGAGCUGAUGAAGGAAAAGUUUUCAAAGUUGCUGCUUGGCGAGGACAUGUCCGGUGGAGGAAAGGGUGUGUCAUCUGCACUGGCAUUGUCUAAUGCAAUCACAAACCUAGCAGCUUCUGCUUUUGGGGAACAGAAGAGAUUAGAGCCUAUGCCAUCUGAGAGAAAAGCCAAAUGGAGAAAAGAAAUUGACUGGCUGUUAUCUGUAACAGAUCACAUUGUUGAAUUUGUUCCUUCUAAACAAAAAUCAAAAGAUGGAACAAGUAUGGAGGUUAUGGUGACAAAGCAGAGAACCGAUCUUCAAAUGAAUAUUCCAGCAUUACGCAAGCUAGACGCUAUGCUUCUUGAUUGCUUAGAUAACUUUAAAGACCAAAACGAGUUCUCCUAUAUAUCGAAGGAUGACGAAUCACAGGAAGGGAGGAAAGAUGAUAAAUGGUGGAUACCGACUCCUAAGGUUCCUCUAAAUGGCUUGUCCGAUGUUACAAGAAAAUGGCUGCAAUUUCAGAAGGAUUCAGUAAACCAAGUACUUAAAGCAGCCAUGGCUAUAAAUGCUCAAGUCCUAUCGGAAAUGGAGAUCCCUGAAAGUUAUAUAGACUCACUACCCAAGAAUGGGAGAGCAAGUCUUGGAGAUGCGAUCUAUAAGAGCAUCACUGAUGAAUACUUUGAUCCUGACUACUUCCUCACAACUAUGGACUUGUCUUCAGAACAUAAGAUUUUAGACCUCAAGAACAAACUUGAGGCUUCUGUAAUUAUUUGGAGACGAAAGAUGACUUCUAAAGAUGGGAAGUCAGCAUGGGGUUCCGCCGUUAGUUUAGAGAAGAGAGAAAUCUUUGAAGAAAGAGCAGAGACUAUCUUGCUUAUUCUUAAGCAGAGGUUCCCUGGAAUUCCUCAGUCAUCUCUAGACAUUAGCAAAAUCCAAUUCAAUGGGGAUGUGGGGCAAGCUAUUUUAGAAAGCUAUUCAAGAAUAAUAGAGAGCAGGGCACACACAGUCAUGUCAAGGAUUGAAGAUGUUCUCCAAGCAGAUGCUACGGCCCAAAAUCCUUCGAGUGCUGAAGUAAAGAGGUUUCCUCUAAGAGAUUCAUUACGCGUAUGUCCAUCAGGCAGAUUCCCAAAUGCCAAGGAAGAAGUAGAAAAGCUUAACUCUGUGGAGAAUCCAACGUCAAUGACACUGUUGGAUUUCAUGGGUUGGACAGUGGAACAAGGAGAGAAUGACGCAAAGAAAGAUUUGAAGGAGGAGUUAGACAUUGAUGCGAAGAAACCACCUAACAUAGUCACAAACAAGAAAAGUUCUUACUUAGAGAACUUAGUUGGUUCUAGAAGUCCCACAGCACGCCACUAAGUGAUGUUGCUGUGAAAUACGGAUCAACUCAUCGGAGGCUAGACAGAGGAAGUCAUCAAAGUGACAAUCAGCCUCAAAUGUACAUAAUGAGAUGAAUCACACAACCCAUCUAGGAUGCUAAGUCCAUUCCUGUUGUAAAUAGGGAAUAGUUAUUAAAAUGAUUCACUCUGCAGACGAUGUCACCUUGUUGACAAAUAAUCAUGGGAAGUGGUGGACCUUUCCGAAAUAGUCCAUUCUUACCUUGGAUAGCCUCUGCUAGAAAGAGUUUUGUAAUCUGGAAUUUGGAGAUUAUACGGCGUAUAGAAUCAUUAUUUGGUUUUAAGACAA